AUGAGAGUAUACCUUUAAGUUCUCAUUCUAAUUUCCAUUAAAUUUGCUCUUUGCUAGCAUCUAGGGUAAAACCGUACCUUAUUAUUAAAUGGGAAUCUCAAUAUGUACCAGAAUCAAAUGUCGACUAAAGAUCAACAAAUUAUAUAAAUUCAGAAUUUCUCAAACUAUUUAAUAGAGCUCUAUGAGACUUAGGAAUUCGAGCUGCAGCAGUAUUUCUCAGGUCCUCUGCUAGAUUAUGAUUAUGAAAUUACAGAUAUAAAUGGGACUUGGUACUUUGAUCAGCCCUUCUAUAAGAUACUUAUUUAACUUACCCCUCCUUUUGAAAAUGUUGCUUCCAUCCCUAUAAAAAGCAAUUAAUAGACAUAAUCAAGCUAAAAUGAUCCGAUGCAGGGAUCAUCGAUUCUUGUACCAGAGCUUAAUGGAACUACACUGACAUUAUAUAUGAUAGACAGAAAUCUAUCAAUCUAUAAAUAUGAUGUAUCUGACUAUGGUUCUGGGGUGAUGACUGGCAAGAAAAUGAUAACUCUAAAUAGUAGUUAUAUAAACGAUGGAUGUCAUGACUUGACUUACCUUUAGUUUCCUGUGAACAAUGUUGAUUAAAAGGCCCUACUUAUAUUUUGUAGAAGUGAGAUUUAUGAUACCUCAGGGGAUGUAGAUUAUUAUUUGUAUACUAAUGUUUAUGUUGACAUCAAUAAUGAUUCUGCUGCUGAAGCAUAUUAUAAUCAGUUUAGACAGACAGCUGUAUUUGUAGAUUUUGUUGCUGGAAUCAAAUUUAUUGGCUUCGAGCACACUCAAGACAAAUCCAUAUCCGCCAUAUUUCUUUCAAAUAUGAGAAGAGAUUUCUUUAAUCCUUAUUAUCUUUAAGUCAUAGCUAGAGUUAAUAUUUCAGAGUUUCUUGUCAUGCAAAAAAAUAAAUCUCAACAGCAAUACAAUUUGCAAGGCACUAUGGGUAUUAAGUUUUGGAUUAAAUAUGACACAAUGUAUCAGUAAGAUACAGUUAUAAACUUUGGUAUAAUAAGUUAUUAGCCUAUGAUGAUAGGUAUUAUAUUUGAUAAUUAUGGUGUCCUAGUGUGUUAGUUCACAGAAUAACUUUUUGAGCCUGAAGUUGUUUCUUUUUUCUAUGCUCAAAUUGAUUGCCAUUCUCAAAACACAUCUCAACUCAUAGAAAUGGACAAUGCCUUAUCAUUAUAUAACAAUCCCUAGGACUCAGACUUUUUCUUUAUAACUAUGAGCUCACCUCCAGGCGUCGUUGAGAUAAAUAUCGAUGAUCCCUAUAAUAUCUAUAUCUUCAAGUAAUAUUCCUUGCCAAAUGAAUCGCCAGCUUACAUUGGAUUAAAGACUAUGACCUUUAACAAGAAUGUAAUAGUUCAUCUUAUGUAUAACGUUGAAGCUGAUUAAUAGGUCCUUAGACUGUACAACAGAAAUGCUUCACACUAUAGUAUAGCCAAGUAUAACUAUGUAUUGCCAUAGAAAAGUAGAACAAACUAUUUCUACUUCCCUAAUUUCUAUCAGAAUAACUUGAUAUUCAGAGAUGAGAGGAGACUUAACAUUACUACAUUCUUUGAUUUUAAACUGACUUUGAAUGCUACUAACUACACUUGGGUUAAUACAUUUAAGUAGAAUAUAUUCUAGGUAAAUCUAACCAUUAGCAAUCCAUAUCAAUCGAUAAACUCUCUAUUCAAUGUGACAUUUGUAGAAGCUGACUUCACCUCAGUAAUAAGAUCUGGAGAUCAAAGUGAAGAUUAGUCAGUCUUCUAUAAUUGUGGAGAUGACAGUUUCUCAUACAGAGUGAGUGACUUAUUCAAUGGACCUAAUUUCAAUGUGAGCUUUGAAACUAAUAACACAGAUGACUGUGAGGCAGGAUACUGCUUCUUUGACAUUAUAAACUAAGAGAUCAAGCAGACUUUUGAAGCGGACUUCACUAACCUUAGCUGCUGGAAAAGCUUUAUCUUCCCAGAUCUCUAAGACUAUGAUGAUGAAUCAGAUCCAGUUAUUUUAAUUUGCAUUGAUAAUGAGAACCAAAUCAUAACUGCCUCCAAACUAGUUAUGUCUACUAACACCCUUGUCUUACUUAAUAGCAUAACAAUGCCUUCGCUCUUUAUUUUAUAUGCCAAUUCAGAUACUGCUUCUAGAACUCUGUUUGUAAUAGCAUAGAUAGUAGAUCAAGAAUGGGUUGAUUCUGAUAAUGAAGUUCAUUUCUUCUCUAUUCAAAGUGAAUUAGUUUGGGAAUCAUCUUAUAGAGGAGCAAUCAAUCUUUAAAAUUACAAUCUAAGCGAUCUUUAAAUUUACAAAUUCAACAGUCAUGUUAAUAGCGGGAUUAUAUUAGGUUAAAUGCCAGAUUAAUUAGAAUAAAUUCUCAUAUACUUUCAAGUAAACUAUACAGAGACUACUUUUGAUAUAAUUGCUAAUGCUACAGUUAAAGUUGAUCAGUUAACCUAAGUCAGUCAAGUAGCAUUAUCUAGUGAUGGAUUUAUAUUCGCUUUAUAAGCAAAUUCAAUUCUAAAUAUCUACUAAGUUGUCCAGUUAAACAAUGAGUAUGUAUUCUAAAGACUAAAGUCAAAGCCAUUGGAUGAUGAAGUGUACAAGCCCCAUGAGAUGGACAUCCAUGGCAACUAUUUUAUCAUAUACUAUGGUAUUAAUUAAGUUCUUGUCUAUGACAUCAAGAACUUCAUUGAUUUGCAAUACAGGACUAAAUUGCCUCUCUAUGGAGAAUAUCAAAACUUUAGAUUCAGUUACUUUGCUGAAAAGUCUCCUAGAUAAGGGCAAGUUAUACAUUCCGCUUAUUAUCAAGAUUUUAUAGCUCUUUUACUUAUGGAUCCUGAUUACCAUGGACAAUAAAAGAUAAUGAUUUUCAUUUAUUCCUUGUUUGACUAUCAACAUAACAGCCUGAUAAUGAUUCAAGAUUUCACUGAACUAUUUGAAGGUAGUUCAAAUAGAACCGUAGUUCUUACUGGAAACGAUCAGCACACAAGCAUGGUUUUGAUUACAGAUGCUUAAAUUUCAUUGAGCAAUGUACAACUAUUCAAUUUUAUCAUCAUUAAGGAUGAUGUAUUGACCAAAACCAAUUUAUUUGACUAGUGCUCUUGGCAUAAAUCUUAUGUAGAUGAUUAGGGUAUUGAGCGAGAUAAGCCAUUCUAGUUAGCUAUGAUUAAAAUCAAGGCCUAAUCUUUGUUUCCAAACGGACAAACCCAGGAUUAUGGCAAUGUGAUUAAUCUUAAAAUACAGACCCAGAACCAGGGCAUAGCAAUUACUACACAUGAAUCUCACUCCAAAGAGAUAUUUUUUAGCUAUGGAUCUUAGCAGUAGGAAAACCAAUAAGAUCUGAUGCUAAUGGUCGACAAUUUGCUCGAGGGAUUUAACAUUAGUUAUCAUGUGAACUGCUAAUUCUUUGACAGAAAUAAUAACGUGCAAGACUGUGUUGAUGAUGGCAUAGUGGAUAAUACUUAAUCUACGAUAUAUAACUUUUACAUUGAGCAGGUGACUUAAGAUAGACAAAUAGUGAAAUCAUUUACUCUAGGAAAUGUCUUCAUUAUGUUUGACACAUUGAACAUGAUUACUAUUCAAGUAUUGCAAACCACUGAUGGAAGUGAUUUGGAUAGUAUCAAUGGACAGGCCUUAAAAUCUCAAAUGGAAUAUACUAUGAUUGACAAGCUUGGUUGCAAUAUAGAAGGAUAUAUUAACAUUUAUGAAUGCUUCUUUCCUGAAGAUUGGGUUGCUCCAGACUACUCUUUAUACCUGGCAAUCUACGAAUGCAAAAUUGAGAACACUUUGAAUAUCAAACUAGCUUAAAUCAGAAUCUAUAAUUAAACAAAAUUCACAAUUUAGGUUCUUGAUGGCUCCAAUAAGAUUCCUUACAGAGUUAUUGACAUUGACAGAUCCAAUGUAACAUUUGAUCCGAACACACCAACAAAAGUUGGUGUCACAAUAGGAAUUUCACUUGAAGUCCCAGCUUCUACCUCCAACAUUUUUUACGUUUGCAACCUUACUGCUGACAUUGAAUUAAACUUAGUUACAUUCAAUGACCUAAAAGUUCUCAGUGCUAUGUUUGAGGACAGAAAUGUAUUCAAGAUACAGUAGCUUAUGAGUAUUCCAAACUCUGAUCUGAUGAUUCUGGUCGAUUAGCUCUUUGGCUUCUACAUCUAUGACUUGGAUUCACUAUAAAUCAUUAAAGAAUUCGAUCUCAGAUAAAUAGAAUAUUUCCCAGACUAGCCAUUUGGUUAAGACCUCUUAUAUAAUCUCUAGGUCUUUACAGUUGCAGGCAACUGGCCUAAUGAGAUACACAUUUUGACUAGCUAAGGCAUUUUCAUCUUUAAUUUCAAAGUAGAUCUUUGCCAAAGAGGUGAAAUCUUCCCAUUCUUUUCGAAAACCUUAGAACCCAUUUCCAAGCGAAUAAUUAGGCAGACUUUUGAUCAGUUCAACAAUGAGAUUGCUCAUAAUCAAUAUGGGUAUUCAUUCCUUACUACUACCUAGGCUUAUAAAUCAUCUUAUGAUGUGUAUUUGACAAUAGUAUCUUUCUUCGCUUCUAGUAGGUCAAAGCUGUUCAGAAGUAUUAAAGUCACCUAAAAUCAAAAUUGCAUUUCAUUAAAUGAGGAAAGCUAUUUAGUUGAGUAGGAAAAAGAUGAACUGGUUGUAUCAUUUAUUUGUAAUACCUAGCUUUUCAUUGUCAGAACAGUAUUGAAGCCAAGUUUUUAAAUCAAUAUGAAGCAAUAUUCUUCACAAGCUACUAGAAUAAAGAAAGGAAAGAAUUAAGGCGGAGCCUUGCAAUUUAAUCAAUUCAAUUUAACAAUAAGUGGAUACAAUGAAUACAACCAGACUGGAAUGGCUUAGUCAAGUAUCAAGCUUAUUCUUUAUCAGAAGACUUACCCAGACUAGGAUUAUCCUUAAUUCUACUUGAUAUGUCUGUUUAUAUUCUGCACAGCUAUCGCACUUAUUAUGCUAUUGACAAUGAGAGGAAAUAAACAGCAGGAUAAAAAGGUUGCAUUUGAUGAACAAAAUAUUCCCAAGAUGUCCUUUGCAGAGAAUAGAGGAUCUACUCAGGCUAAUCACAGUUCAUUUAUUCCAAGUCACGGAGACAGUUAGAAGUUGUUGAAUCUUUAAAGUAUAAGAACAAGUAACAUUGCAGUGACUACAACUCAUUUCUAGAACACCGAAGUGGGAGCCAUUGAUAGCCAUAAAGCUCUAAAUAAACUUGCUCAUAACUCAAAUUCUAACACCCCAGAAUUAUAGAAAAAAGAUUCAAAAAGAUUUAGUAAAAAUCCACAAUUUGAAAUGCUAUCCUCUGAAGUAAUGCCUUAAACUAGCUUAAUCAAACUAUCAACUUCAUUCAAAUAAAAAGCGAAGUGA